AUGGAUUUAGUAUUAGAAGUUGCUGAUUCUUUAGUAUUGGAUAAAGUUUAUUCCAAAUUAUUGCCUACUUCUUUGGCAGCUGAUGUCCCAGCAAAAUGGCACCAAAUGUUGAACAUUAACAGCGGUGUCCAAAACGUCACUAUGCUAUUACAAUCUUUAAAUGCUAACCCAGACUCAAGAGUUUGUCAAGAUAUCUAUGGUUACACCCCAUACUUGAUGGAUAUGUCUGAGUUGACUUUUAACUCUCUACUUCCACGUUCAAACUUGGUCAGAGAGGUCAUCUCUUCAUGGAUUUUAACCACUGUCUUUGGUUGGUUAUUAUAUCUAUUUUUUGGUACCUUAUCGUACUUUACAUUAUUCGAUAAAUCUGUCUUCAACCAUCCUCGUUAUUUGAAGAACCAAAUGUAUUUGGAAAUUAAAUUGGCUAUGACCUCCAUCCCAAUCAUGUCUAUCUUGACGUGUUUCUGGUUUGUCAUCGAAUUCAAAGGUUACUCAAAAUUAUACACUGUUUUAGAUUUAUCAAACGGUGGUUGGAAACAAUUGGUCUUUGAAUUAGUCUCAUUUAUCAUGUUCACCGAUUGUGCCAUUUAUUUGGCUCACAGAUGGUUACAUUGGCCAAGAGUCUACAAAGCUUUGCACAAGCCACAUCACAAAUGGUUGGUCUGUACUCCAUUUGCUUCUCACGCUUUCCACCCAAUAGAUGGUUACUUUCAAUCUUUACCAUACCAUUUGUAUCCAAUGUUAAUGCCAUUGAACAAAUAUUUCUACCUAUUAUUGUUCACUUUUGUUAACUUCUGGUCUAUUAUGAUUCAUGAUGCAAACCAUAUGUCCAAUAACCCAUACGUUAACGGUACUGCCUGCCACACCGUUCACCAUCUAUAUUUCAACUAUAACUAUGGUCAAUUCACCACUCUAUGGGACAGAUUGGGUGGUUCUUAUAGAAGACCAGAAGAUGAUUUAUUCGAUCCAAACUUAACCAAGAACAAGAAGGCCUUGGAAGAACAAAUCAAAAGAAUGGAAGUCAUCAAGCAAGAAGUCGAAGGUAAUGAUGACGAUAGAGUUUAUGAAGAAAAGAAAUUCAAAUGA